AGUCGUCUGUGAGAUAGUGGCACGGCGACGUCAUUAUUGGCGAUACUGCUCAAGGAUUGUGCAGAUGUUCAACAUUCAGUAUAUGAAUAUUUCAUUUAGAUAAUUGAAUCGGACUUUGUGUAUUAUCGAACACUUUCUCAUUAUAAAUGUAAAUGCAGCUAUUUGAAUAUCAUUUUAUGGAACUCGUGCAGCAUUCUAAAUUUUACAUUUUAAAACAAAAACUACUAUGUUGGAGUAUAAGUAUGAUAAAACCAAAUCGUGCAAGGAUAUUAGAUGACUAUCGCAGUAAGUAGGGAGAUCGAAUGUCAAUUAUUUGACUGUUUAUUUCCUGUUUUACUAAGCCAUAUUAUGUCCCUGAAACGCUGUGAGGUUAGUCUUGUCGUUAAACUGAAAUAACAGACGUUUGAUUUUGUAUCAGAUUAAUAAUGUUUAAAAUCAAUGAAAAGUGUUUUAAAACAUUCCUGGAGAUGAUCUUUUCUCAUGGAAUUUAUGGGAUGAAUUAGUUUUAUCAAAUAUGAUUGUCCUUGACAUGAAUGAGGUGGUAAAGUUUAUCAAUAUGACAACGUGGAUAUAUGUUGCACCAAGGAAGGAAAUAAGUUUUAAUGAAUGUAACUGAAGGUCUGUCAGACGGCCAAUAGCUCACUAUACCUGACAGAGAUGUAUUCACCUCUCUCUCAUGUGGACGAGGCUAGAAACUGGACGGAAGCCGACCUUAGUUUGGAGAAGGCUUCGACCCUCGUUGGCUCUAUAGUGUACCUGUGCAUUCUGAUGGUAGUUGGAGUGGUAGGCAACAUCUUCGUCUUGCUAAUAUUUUACUUUAGAUUCAAUCCAUCAACGCAUAGAUGUUUCAUAAUAACUCUUGCCAUCUAUGACUUUUUCGCUUGUGCGGUCGGUGCACCAUGGGCAAUCGCGGAGUCAUUCUUCGCAUUUAAUUACCAUGACGUUGCCACCUGUAAAAUAUUCAGAUUCAUACUGUACUAUACGUGUGUAGCCUCGAGCUUGACGUUGGUUCUUAUUGCAAUUGAACGAAGUAGAAAGAUAUGUACGCCACUAGAGUCACAGUUCAGUAUCCCUAUGGCAAAGAAGGCGAUAUAUGUUGUGGUUUUAGUAAUUUCAACCAUCUCCGCCAGCCCUGCAUUAGUGCUCUAUGGGAACAAAACUAUUCCGACAGGAUAUAAAAAUGUCACUGGCACAAAGUGUUUUGUUACCGACUAUUUUAGUGAAACAUUCUGGCCAAAAGCGUUCAACAUAUAUCUGCUUGCUCUUGCCUUUUUGUCAACGGCCAUUAUGGCAGUAUGUUAUAUUCGCAUAGCAAGAACCGUAUCCAGAAUGGGUACAGAUAGCAUAGCAAAGCGAAUGAGGGCAUCUGAAAAGUGCAAUGUGAAGUCGGAAGAUUCGGUUCCUCAAAGCGAGGACGACGUAAACGAUUCCGAUUCCACAUAUCAGCAGGAUGUCAACUCCCUAAGCAAGGAGCGAAAUCACCGAAUGUCACGUGGUCAAGUAAGUGUGACGUCACGUGACAGUGUUAAAGUCGCAAGGGGUACUGGAAUCAGAAAUAACUUGCGGGACAGAUCAUCGAAGUGGGCCAGUAAAUUAUUUCGGCGUUUGUCGUCAAAAUCUGGACGGAAGACAUUGCGUGUGACUAAAAUGUUAACAUUUGUUACUGUCGCAUUCGUCGUCAGCUAUUUACCUCAUCUUAGCCUGCAGCUGUGGAGCAUGUUUACUUCAAAGGAAAGAGAAAAUACCUUACCAACAGACAAUUUCUACCAAGUUUUGUUUUUUUCGUUUCUUAUAAACAAUCUAGUAAAUCCUUUUAUCUAUGCUGCCAUGGAUUUGAAAUUCAAAAACGAGCUUAAAAAGCUUUUGACCUGUGGCUUCAAUAUUCAUACUAGGAGCACAAAUGUGUAAUAUGAUAUCUAAGUUUCAUCUUUCAACGAGAAAAUUAUGUAGUUGCUUUUUUAAUUUAAUAAUGUUUUCAACUUUUUUUUAGAAAUCUAAUAAAUCUUCUUCGUAAUAACGAUGAAAAUCUUAUGUGUGUAAAUAAAUA